AUGAAAAGGCCCCAACAGCAGAACAAAGCCCCGGAAAAAAUGGAGGAUGUGACAGCUAAAGGGACCAAAAGAAAAGCCAGCACCGAAAGAGAGACGCCCUGUAAGAGGCAGAGAACUGGAAACAACGAGACCAAUGCUGGUGAACCUACCAAAGAGGUCGGUGCUGAGCGGCCGCCAGCAACAGAGUCUCCCAGGACCAAGAUCUGGGAUAUCGACUGUGAAGUCUCCCUGAGCUGCUGCAGCCCUUCAACCUCCCGGCAGAACGAUGAAACGCCAUCCUGCUCCGUCAGGACCAGCACAGAAAAUUUUGAGGCCAAGUACCUGCAGCUUCACCAGCUCGGAGAAGGCGCCUUCGGAACAGUUUAUGCUGGAGAAAGAAAAAGUGACAACUUACCAGUGGCGAUCAAACACAUCCCUGAAGCUCUUGUGCGGACUCGACCAGUUUUAAAUGGAAAGACGCACAUGGUGCCAUUGGAGGUGCUUCUCAUGCUGAGAGUGGCAGGUGGAGCGAGGUCACUGGGGAAACAUGCUGCCGUGUCAUUAUUAGACUGGUAUGAUCUGGGCCCGGAGGUCCUGCUUGUCAUGGAGAGACCAGUCCCCUGUGAGGACCUGCUGACCUAUCUCGAUAACAACAAUGGGUUCCUGAGGGAAGACCAGGCAAAGAACAUCAUGAAGCAGCUGGUGGAAGCAGCAGUUAACAUGCACUCUCUUGGAGUCUUCCAUGGGGACAUUAAAGCAGAUAAUGUCCUCCUUGAUUUAAGCUCGGAUGUCCCUCGUGUGAGAAUCAUAGACUUUGGAUGUGGCUGCUUGGUGAAUAAGAUACCGUACCGCUCCUCCUCUGGAACCAUUGACUACAUCCCUCCAGAGUUUUACCGGCUUGGCACAUACGAGGCGGAACCCAGCACAGUCUGGCAGCUGGGCACUCUGCUCUAUGAACUGGUGUACAGCGACAACACUGAGCUGUCCAAAGACUGCCAGGACUUGUUGGAGGUGUGUUUGGCUGUGAACCCUCAGGAGCACGGCACUCUAGAGCAGAUUCUGCUGCACCCCUGGUUCUCCUAAUCCUGCACAACCGACCACCCAUUGGGCUGAGCCAACUGACUCCAAUGAACUCCAUCCUUUGGUCUUAUAGUCUAGACGGUUUAUUAUUAUUAUUAUUAUUAUUUUAUAUUUAUUGUUUUUAUUGUUUUUAUUGUAUUUAUUGUAUGGGUACAAGUCGGGAACCAACCUACUUUACAUAUUUCAUAUCAUAUUCAUAUUGACCUUCUAAUUUGCAUAUCAAAAUGGCCGCCAAAUUGCCCAUCUUGCUCAGUCGUUGGACCAUUUUCCCCUAGUUUUUUUGUAAGUAGGCAAUCAAGAUGAGGAAUUUAAGUAUUAUGUAUAUAUAUAUGCAAAAUACCAACUUUUAAGGUGAAAUUAAGCAUUAUUUGUGUCAUUUUUUAAGGCU